UGGAAAAACCUAUUAGUUAUCAACAAAAAAAUAACACAUAUUUUUUUUCUUGGAUAGGGAAAUCCAAGGCUUAAUUCCUUCUCUUUAGGGUAUCUGAUUUCCCAUGAUGAGGAAGCCCAACAAAGGUAGCACAACCACCACCAAUACUACUACUAAUAAGCUUAGGAAAGGGUUGUGGUCACCGGAAGAAGACGAGAAGCUCAUCAACUAUAUGCUAACCAAUGGCCAAGGUUGUUGGAGCGAUGUAGCUAGGAAUGCCGGCCUGCAAAGGUGCGGCAAAAGCUGCCGCCUACGCUGGAUCAAUUACUUGAGACCCGAUCUGAAACGAGGUGCCAUUUCGCCGCAAGAAGAAGAGCUUAUCGUCCAUUUGCAUUCCAUUCUUGGCAACAGGUGGUCUCAAAUUGCGGCUCGUAUGCCUGGCCGUACCGACAAUGAAAUAAAGAACUUUUGGAAUUCAACCAUAAAGAAGAGGCUCAAGAAUCUGUCGUCCACCCCCUCACCCAACGCCAAAGAUUCAACAACGUCGGACCCCAACAAAGAUUCCAUCGCUGUCGGCGGCUUCAUGUCAAUGGAAGAACAAGGGAUUCUUCCCAUGUACAUCGAUUUAUCAUCGACUUCGUCCAACUCUUCCUUGCAAUCUGUGGUGUUGAAUUCCACUGGAACAGUGUUUGGUGCCACUUCCGGGUACUUUGUCCACGUAAAUGGCAACGGUUUCUACGGUGAAAACGAGAUGUUCGGUGGCACCGACAAUGGGGAGGAAUUGUAUAUCCCUCCUUUAGAAUCAAUUGGAGAAAACCUUCAAACGGAAAACACAUUCAAAAACAACGUUAUUGCCACCACGGUCACCACCACCAACAGCAACAUUAAUAACAACCCUUUUAGUAUCAUAAACAACAGCAUCAAAUCGGAGAACCUAACGGCCGGCGGGAAUUUUUGUUUAGGAGAAGAGCUUAAAGUUGGAGAAUGGGAUUUGGAGGAUUUGAUGAAAGAUGUUUCUUCAUUUCCAUUUCUUGAUUUCCAAAUCUGAAUAAUUAAAUAUUUAGGUAAAAAAAUUAAAUAAACCCUAGAGUCCAUUUCCAAACCUUAAACCCUAUCUGUUUGAUAGUGGAAAUUAACA